AUGUCGCAAAACGACGACGCACAGCAUGAAGAUGAUAUCCAAUAUGCCUCCAUGGGAGUAACUCGUGAAGAGCUGGAAGAAAAGUAUCCAAAUCGCCCAAAGAAUCACUCAAAGACACUCGUUUUCUCUGAGCUGUUCCGAGAAGUCUUCAACCCGCUCAAUGAAAACAAGAAGCAGAAUGCCGCGGGCUCGGGGCCUAAAAAUUCGUUUCGUGGAGUGAACAAGCUCUCCCCCCACGAACAGCGUCGGCACAUCAUUGACCGUUUCAUCACCCGAUGGCGCAAAGAAGUUGGUUUCGAUUUCUAUCCUGCGUUGCGCUUGAUUCUCCCAGAUAAGGAUCGCGACCGUGGAGUUUAUGGCCUCAAAGAGAACGCAAUUGGAAAACUACUCGUCAAGCUCAUGAAGAUCGACAAAAAUUCUGAAGAUGGCUACAACCUUUUGCACUGGAAGUUGCCUGGCCAGACUAUGGCAUCUCGACUGGCCGGUGACUUUGCUGGACGUUGCUUCGAGGUCAUCUCAAAGAGACCAAUGCGGACCCAGGUCGGCAACAUGACGAUUGCCGAAGUGAACGAGCAGCUGGAUAAGCUUGCAGCUUCCAGCGGAGAAAUGGAAAAUCUACGUGUGUUCGAAAUUUUCUACCAUCGCAUGAAUUCCGAAGAGCUUAUGUGGCUUAUUCGAAUAGUCCUCAAGCAGAUGAAAGUCGGUGCCACGGAGAAGACUUUCUUAGAUCUUUGGCAUCCCGAUGGUGACGCCUUGUUCAGCGUAUCGUCGAGCUUGAAGCGUGUGUGCUGGGAACUCUGGAAUCCGGAAAUUCGUCUUGAACAGGGUGAGACAGGCGUCGCUCUAAUGCAAUGUUUCCAGCCUCAGCUGGCUCAAUUUCAGAUGCCUGCGUCUUUUCAAAAAAUGAUUCAACUCCUUCGACCGACCGAAGAAGACCCCGAGUUUUGGAUCGAAGAGAAGCUGGACGGUGAGCGUAUGCAAGUGCAUAUGGUCCAGGAUAAGAGUCACCCGGGUGGCAGGAAGUUUUGUUUCUGGUCACGAAAGGCUAAAGAUUACACAUAUCUUUACGGUGACGGUCUCCAAGACGAAACAUCGAGUCUUACUAGACAUCUCAAGGAUGCCUUCACAUCCGGCGUGAAAAACUUGAUCUUGGACGGCGAGAUGAUCACUUGGGACAUGGGUGUCGACAAGAUAGUGCCUUUUGGCACCCUCAAAACAGCAGCAAUUUCCGAGCAGCAAAACAAGUCAGGCACAGAUUCAGUCGGCCACCGUCCUCUAUUUCGAGUGUUUGACAUACUCUACCUCAACAACAAGCCUCUGACACAGUACACCCUACGGGACCGACAUCGAGCUCUGGAAAAGGCAAUAAAACCAGUUCAUCGCCGACUCGAAAUCCACGAAUACACCAGCGCAACGAGUGCUGAUGCUAUCGAACCUCUUCUUCGCGAAGUGGUUGCUAACGCUUCCGAAGGCCUUGUUUUGAAGAACCCACGGUCCAUGUACCGCCUCAACAGCCGAAACGACGACUGGCUCAAAGUGAAGCCUGAAUACAUGUCCGAGUUUGGAGAGUCCCUUGACUGUGUCAUUAUUGCUGGCUACUAUGGCACAGGAAAAAGGGGCGGCGCUCUAUCAAGUUUCCUGUGUGGGCUGCGUGUCACGCAAAACCAUAUACAAGCUGGUGCGAAUCCUGAAAAGUGCUUCAGUUUCUUCAAAGUUGGCGGCGGUUUUCGCGCAGAGGACUAUGCAGAAAUCCGGCAUAGAACGGAAGGCAAAUGGAUCGAAUGGGAUCAACGGAACCCACCGUCAGAGUAUAUUGAGCUGGGAGGAGGUGAGGCUAGGCAAUUUGAGCGCCCGGAUGUUUGGAUUCGGCCCAAAGAUUCCGUUGUGGUCUCGGUCAAAGCCGCCAGUGUUGGGCCUUCCGAUUCGUUUGCUCUGGGUUUCACUUUGCGAUUCCCACGGUUCAGGCGUCUGCGAUUGGACCGGAGCUGGAAUACUGCUCUGUCACUCGAGGAAUUCCAAGAGUUGAAACAGCGUGUCGACGAAGAAUCAAAGGAGAAGGCUAUGACGGUUGAAGACAGGAAGCGGCACAACCCCAAACGAGUCAAGAGGGAACUCACCAUUGCUGGAGAGGAUACGAACGUGGCCGAGUUUAUAGGAGAAACGACAAAACUGUUCGAAGGCCUGGAAUUUUGUGUUCUUUCUGAAGCGCUCAGGCCCUACAAAAAGACCAAAACUCAGCUUGAGACCAUCAUCAAGGAGAAUGGCGGCGUCAUCUCGCAACGAGCAGCACCUGGUACGAACAUGGUCCUUAUCGCCGACAAGAAGGUCGUCAAGGUGGCAAGUCUUGUGAAAGGAGGGGACGUGAACAUCAUCCGCCCCAAAUGGAUUAGAGAUUGCCUCGAGCAGGAAUUGGGCGCGUUUCUUUUGCCAUUUGAGGAUACACAUCUAUUCCACGCAACUGAUGCGUUGAAAAGGGCGGCGAACGAAAACACAGAUCAGUUCGGCGACAGCUACAUACGCGAUCUAUCUAUCGAAGAGCUUAGGCAAGUCAUGAAUGACAUGCCAAAGAUCGAGGACGGCAUAGCCUUUGACAAGAAUGAAUUCCUGCAACAGCUUGAGGAACGUGGAAAAGACCUGGGGCCCUUGAAGAGCCUCACCUUUCGGCGUUGCGUGGUGCUAUUCCAUGCUGUGGAAGCUGGCGAUAAAAGGAUGUCAAGGCUAGAGAAUCUUGUCAGGUUUGGCGGAGGAAGUGUCACAGAUGACGCAAACGACUUAUCCGUGACUCAUGUGGUGAUACAAGGCGACGACCCGAUGCAGGUUGGCGAGGCAGCUGAUAUGAUACGUAAGGAGCUGAGCUUAAGGCCUAUACAACCGCGAGUGGUGACAGGGGCUUGGAUCGACGAGUGCUGGAAAGAGAGCACGCUACUUGACGAAGAGCAAUUCGCGGUCCCUUAA